CUGGGGAAGUGCCUGCAACCCAGGCACAUGCCCUUGACCGGAAUCGAACCUGGGACCUUUCAGUCCGCAGGCCGACGCUCUACCCGCUGAGCCAAACCGGCUUUGGCCAGGCAUGCCUUCUAAUUACAUAAAGGCCCUAUGGGACCAUGGACAUGUGUAGGUGCUUGAUAACCCUGGAUAUGCCUUGAAUAGAGAUGGUGCAUGAUCCACACAGACUUCUCUUUACCACACUGCCUUCCUCCCCCCACCCAAGGCCAGGCACAGCACCACUGGCUCCUUAGGGUCGGGAAGAGGGAGGGCAGCAGCUCACUGGCAGGCCAGGCCACGCCCACCUCCCCCUGUUGGCACCUGUACUCUUUGUCCCAGGCCCAGCCUUGCUUGCCAUUUUACUUUUUUUGCUGUGAGGUACAGGGAAUAUAUUAGUCAAGUAGGAUGGGUUGUCUGAGUUUUAGGAUAGUUUACUUGAAAGUAAAAGCUCAAAGAAAAGGUCAGAGAGUUGACUGUGGAGGAGCGGGGAAGACAUAGAAGGGAUGAGAAUGAGAGAAGGCAGCCCAAUUUAGAAAUACUUAGUUUGACAUCAGCUUUCUUCCUGGUGUACCACUGAAUUUAGAUAAGUUUAGGAAGGGCUGCAGUACAUCAAAAACACUAAAAGCACAGAUUUUAGGAUCAGAUAAGGAUUUCAUACUAGUGUGUGAUCCUGGGCAAAUUAUUUUAUCUCUCCUGUUUUCCUACAAUGUAAGACAAAGAAAAUACACUCAGCUUAUGAGAAAUAAAUGAGAUAACAUAAAGUGAAUCAACACAGGGCUUAGCAUAUUUAUCACUCCUUCAGUCAAUAACCUGGUGUUACCAGAGUUCUUCACAAGGGAAGUGGCAAGUGGGAAGCAGAACUUCCAGGUGGGAGUCCUGGCCAGCCAGGCUAGCGAUGUGACCUCGGACAAGUCAUUUCCCCCAUCCCUGUGAAAUAGCAGGACAUGGCAGGGUGGCUGACAAAAGAUUCGGAAGUGACUUAGGAAGAAAGCUGGAUGAAUGACUGCUGGGAUAGGCCUCAUCUCCCUGCUUGCUCUAUGAUGUUUCAGUCCCAGGAAGACGAGAGCCAUGUCUCUGAGCAGCGCCUUCAGGGCUGUGGGCAACGACCCUGGGAUCAUCACCUGGAGAAUAGAGAAAAUGGAGCUGGCACUGGUGCCCCUGAGUGCCCAUGGCAGCUUCUAUGAGGGGGACUGCUACGUCAUCCUCUCGACCCGGAGAGCGGGCAGUCUCCUCUCCCAGGACAUCCACUUCUGGAUCGGGAAGGACUCCUCCCAGGAUGAGCAGAGCUGCGCAGCCAUCUACGCCACACAGCUGGAUGACUACCUGGGGGGCAGCCCCGUGCAGCACCGAGAGGUUCAACACCAUGAGUCCGACACCUUCCGCGGCUACUUCAAGCAGGGUAUCAUCUACAAGAGGGGGGGUGUGGCCUCUGGGAUGAAGCAUGUGGAGACCAACACCUAUGACGUGGAGCGGCUGUUACACGUGAAGGGGAAGAGAAACAUCAGGGCCACGGAGGUGGAAAUGAGCUGGGACAGUUUUAACCGAGGUGAUGUCUUCUUGCUGGACCUUGGGAAGGUUAUCAUCCAAUGGAAUGGUCCAGAGAGCAACAGCGGGGAGCGUCUGAAGGCUAUGCUUCUGGCAAAGGAUAUUCGGGACAGGGAGCGAGGGGGCCGUGCUGAAAUAGGAGUGAUCGAGGGAGACAAGGAGGCAGCAAGCCCAGAGCUGAUGAAGGUCCUUCAGGACACCCUCGGCCGACGUUCUAUUAUCAAGCCUGCAGUUCCAGAUGAGAUCAUAGAUCAGCAGCAGAAAUCAAAUAUCAUGUUAUAUCAUGUCUCAGACUCAGCUGGGCAGCUGAUGGUCAGAGAGGUAGCGACGAGGCCGCUGGUCCAGGACCUACUGAACCAUGAUGACUGCUACAUCCUGGACCACAGCGGAACCAAGAUCUACGUGUGGAAAGGAAGAGGAGCCACAAAGGCUGAGAAGCAGAUGGCCAUGUCUAAGGCCCUGAACUUCAUCAAGAUGAAGGGCUACCCCAGCAGCACCAAUGUGGAGACCGUCAACGAUGGUGCUGAGUCAGCCAUGUUCAAGCAGCUGUUCCAGAAGUGGUCCGUGAAGGAGCAGACCGUGGGCCUGGGGAAAACGUUCGGCAUUGGUAAAAUCGGUAAGAUCGCCUCAGACUGUCUUCCUACCGAGACUGUGGGAAGACAGGCAUGGAUGAUCUUCACUCACUCGGCUUCUCCCAACCCCUUCUCUGCAGCUAAAGUUUUCCAGGAUAAAUUUGAUGUGACUCUGCUGCACUCCAAACCAGAGGUAGCUGCCCAGGAAAGAAUGGUGGACGACGGCAAUGGAAAAAUCGAGGUCUGGAGAAUUGAAAACCUGGAGUUGGUCCCCGUGGAGCAUCAGUGGCACGGCUUCUUCUAUGGGGGAGACUGCUAUCUGGUUCUCUACACAUUCGAGGUUUACGCGAAGCCACGUUACAUCUUGUACAUCUGGCAGGGCCGCCACGCCUCACAGGACGAGCUGGCAGCCUCGGCAUUCCAGGCGGUGGAGGUGGAUCGGAAGUUUGAUGGGGCCCCUGUGCAGGUCCGGGUUACCAUGGGGAAGGAGCCACGCCACUUCAUGGCCAUCUUCAAAGGAAAGCUGGUUAUCUUUGAGGGUGGGACUUCCAGGAAGGGAAAUGCCGAGCCCGACCCUCCAGUAAGGCUCUUCCAAAUUCAAGGAAAUGACAAAUCUAACACCAAAGCAGUGGAGGUGCCAGCCUUCGCCUCCUCCCUGAACUCCAAUGACGUCUUUCUGCUGCGGACGCAGGCAGAGCACUACCUGUGGUACGGCAAGGGGUCUAGUGGGGAUGAGCGGGCAAUGGCUAAGGAGCUGGCCGGGAUUCUCUGUAAUGGCACCGAGGACACUGUGGCCGAGGGCCAGGAGACCCCGGAGUUCUGGGACCUGUUGGGAGGGAAAACUCCCUAUGCCAGUCACAAAAGACUACAGCAGGAAGCCCUGGAUGUCCAGCCCCGUCUCUUUGAAUGUUCCAAUAAGACUGGCCGGUUCAUUGUCACUGAGAUCACAGAAUUCACCCAGGAUGACCUCAACCCAAGUGAUGUGAUGCUCCUGGAUACCUGGGACCAGGAAAUGCACAGGUACAAGCGAGGCAUGGAGUACUCUAGUGCACAUGGAACCACGGAAGAAAAACAUUAUCGGAACAUAAGACAGCUAAAGAGCACCCUGGAGAUGCAGCUGAGGAAGCAGGUGUUCUUGUGGAUUGGGGCUGAGGCCAAUGCCAUAGAGAAGGAGAGCGCUCUGGCUACAGCCCAGGAGUACCUGCACACUCACCCUAGUGGCCGAGACACUGACACACCGAUCUUGAUCAUCAAGCAGGGGUUCGAGCUUCCCAUCUUCACAGGCUGGUUCUUGGCCUGGGACUCUCACAUUUGGAGUGCAGGGAAAUCCUAUGAACAGUUAAAAGAAGAGCUGGGAGACACUGCUGCCAUCAUGAGAAUCACUGCUGACAUGAGGAAUACAACCCUCUCCCUGAAUUCUGAGAUAAAAUAUUACCCUAUAGAAGUUCUACUGAAAAAUCAGAAUCAAGAAUUGCCUGAGGAUGUGGACCCUGCCAAAAAGGAGAGCGGAAGGGAAAGGAAACGAGAAAGUAUUUACAGAAACAUUGGUGUGAGAGUGGAACAUCAAUCUGCUGCCUCUUGCACGUCCCCUACCAGGAAUCAAGCAGAGAAACUCAGGCAUGUGCCCUGACCAGGAAUUGAGCCUGUAACCAACGUCUUGGUGCAUGGGACUACGUCCAACCCAUCGAGCCACACAGGCCAGAGCUCCAAUAUCUUUAUUUAAGAAUCCUUUCCUCAGGUCAGAUUUCUGAAUACAAAUCUGCACCUGAUUUGACUGACUCCACCCCACUGGCAUUCAUUCAUUCAUUCAACACAGAUUUACUGAGCCUCAGCUAAGAGCUGGGCCCACUUCUCUUUCACCAGACAUAGUAGUGAAAAGACAACUCCCCUGCCUCAUGAAGCUUGUGUUCUACUGGGAAAGACAGACACAUACGUGUAAAUAAAAAUGUAAAACAUAAGCACUAUAACACAAAAAUGUUAAUGAAAUAAGUGGACCACAGGAGGAAGGGUACACCUCUCCAAAGAGAUAACAUUUAAGCAGAGACAAGAAGGGAGACAGGAGACUGACUGAAAAAGUAAACAACGAAGACUCUAAAGAGGGGAGGUGGAGUGGAACAAAUCCAGCGUGUUGGCGACAACACACUGGAGACCCCAAAACUCACUUUACUGUAAGUGGAGAGUUGAUCCUUUAGGCUCUGACAGUGCAACAUGGUUCCAAGGGCUACUUGCUGGACCAACUGUUGAAAUUUUAGAUUUCUUGCAACAAAAUCUGUCUCACAGUUUACCUGUAGGAACAAACUGAUGUUGCUGUAUAAGCUAUUUACUGUUAGUUUCCACAAGUGCCUUAAGGUUGGAGAGUAAACAAGGUAUUGACAGAACACGCUGCAGACUCAACAAAGCAAAAAUAAAUGACCCCAGAACUUUAAAUCUGCAGUUCCUCUCCUAGCUGAGGCCAAAAGCUGAAUAAGUGAUUCCCGCCGCAUCCCUUAGUUAGCAAUGACUUGCACAUUCAGAAGAUGGUCCACCAUGUCCCCAAAAGACUCACUCGCCGUGACUGCGUGCCUUAAUCAACUGAUUCUCCAGCCUCCCCCAACUACAACCCAGUUUUGUUAUCAGCUUAUUUAUCUCCUUCUCUCACUCUAAACUCUAAUCCCACUCUAAUCCAAAUCUGAUUCUUCACUAAUUGUGGCCCCCAAAUUCUAAAACAGCAACUCUCUAUCCAUCAACUAAUUAAUAUAAUUUCCUAGUUUUAAAAUCAAACUGUUCCAGGAAACAAUCAGUGAAAAGGUAUAAGGCUACACCAGACUGACAUUUAGGAAUAAUAUUCUAGACUGCUAGGUCUUUUCUCAUCAACACACCUUCACAUUUCUAUACUUAAAUGAAUAUGCAGCUAAUAAUUGUGGUCUCAUGGGUUCAAUUCAACUACCCUUUGCGGCUCUCAAACACCUAUUCUUUCAGAAUGCCAACAGUCUACCACAAAGCCGUACACUGCAGGGGCAGCUGUUCCUGGUAUUUGGAAUUCUGGCCAUCUCACCUCAACUAACACAGUCGAGUUUCCUUCCUGCAGCAGCCCGAUCAGACCUUCUUUAGUCUUCCUUCCAUGGAGCUUGGCAGCUUUGCCCCAGCCCUCCUUCUGGGCCUGCUCAUGAAGCCAGCUCUCUGCCUACAAAUUGAAAAGGAAAGGGGCAGAUGACAAAGUCACAGAAUUUAGAACUGAACGGGGAUCUAAACUAUGUUCAGGUCCCCUGACUCCUCCUGCUUCCCUUCAAUCCCGUAAGAGAAACUGGAGUAUGGCAGUCUAUGGCUACAUGCCAAACACCCAGCAUUGUGCCUGGUGCUUUGGAUAAACCUAAUCCUCACCACGACCCUACGGGGCGGAUAGUAGUAUUUUCACUGUGUAUAUAUACAAGAGCAAUGCAACUCUGAAAGAUUAAGUGAGAAGGGUCACAGGGGUAGUGUGAGGGCACCAGGAUUUUAACGCCGGUCCGUCUGACUCCAAAGCUCACACAAGCCCUUUCAGCUCUCAGCAGCAGGAAGCAGCACUGCCGUUUGCAAGAUGUGAGGUUUGUAAAGCCUGGGACCCUGAAUCAAUUGCUUCCCAAUAGGACGGAGUCAACGGCUGAGGCUGUCACUUAAGUCAGAAUCCUACCUAGAGGUCGGCGUUAGGAGUCGCUGGGCAGAAGUCUGACUUCCACGCUCCCCAGCGCGACCGCCCGGACAGACGGACCUCCGCCCCUGCCGGUCCCCUGCCCGCCCCCGCACACCUGUCUGAGAUCCCCGCCGCAAGUCUCCAGGGCUUUCUUGCAGUUCACAAAAGAAUAGCCCGUUUUCCGCCGCAAUUUCAUGAGCAGAUCCUUGCUGGAGGCCGAGGACAGCCAGUGCCCCGCGUGAAAGGUGUGCCAUGGCUGCGGCGACUGAAGCGGAAGGGGCCCUGCCUGGAGGAGCAAGAAAAAGGGAUGAGAAGCAGGACUCGGCGAGGUGUUGCGGCGGCCGAAAGCACGUCCGCAGCGAGGUGACCUGAGGAGGGACUGGGGCCCGGAGUUGGGGGAAGGCUGCGGCGGAAGCUGGACCGCGAAGAGGCCAGGAGGUGGGGGAAAGGGUGGGGUGCAGUCUGAAAGGGAGUCGGAGGUGCGGUACCCGGGAGACCUGCUUUCCUUGCGGGGGACCAAGACCCCUCACCGGACAGCCCCCGGUCCGCGCGACCAGACAGAGGCGCAGUGACCGCAGCAGCGACAUCUCUCCGGCCGCCGCACGUUGCUGCGGGUGCGCCGCACUGAUGAGGCCACGGGCCUACGGCGUGGCGGCAGGGCCAAACCUCUCCGCCGGGAUGUGCCGAACGGGAUGCCGCCACCUACUGGCCGGAGGGCGCACCCUCACCUCCCCCACUGGGCUUAUUGAGAUGACUUUUCAGAACGGAAUUGCUACCCCCAGGUGAAAUAGGAAACCAUGAGACAAAGUCGUCACAAAGUAACAACACAAGACAUGUGGUAACACUUUGUUUCUUUAUUUCCAAUGCUCUUUCAUAUUUAGUAUCCAUUUAUGAAUCAAGACAAAAUUGUGAGGUAGGUGGGUGGGUUCAGAAAUUUGCCAGAGGUCACCUGGGAAAGGUAGGGGCAUGGUCCCUUCAACAAACUCAAUAAAUAUUUGUUGAAUGAGUAAAAUAUCUAUUGAACACUAAAUAAAUAUAAGUGUGCCAGGAACUAUGCUAGGCUUCAGGGAAUUAGAGUAAUUAACUACAGCCCUACCCUCCCAUGCAAUCUAUCUAACGGUGAGAAAAUAGGGAGCAGACACAUGACCACCCAAGACAAGGUAAGUCUCAUAAGAUGAACAGUUAGGGUGUCAAAGGAGAAAGAAAUCACAUCCCAACAGAGGGCUCAGGAAAAGCUUUUUUUCAGGAUAGAGGCUAAGAGUAGUGAAGAUUUUGACCGAUAGAAAUAGCCCUUCCAGGGAAGGAAUCAUCAAAGAGAAUGAAGAAAGGAGUCAGGGAAGCUUGGUGUGGAUUUAGGGAACAAAGAGAAGACUUUUGGCCCGAGGUUGCAAUACAUUUGGAAACAAGCAGGAAAUGAAGUAGAGGGUGAUUUGGGAUUAACUAGGAUAGACUGAGUACCAAGCAGAGGAGCUUACUCUUGCUUCUGUAGGCAGCAGCAGAAGCAAAUCAGGGAUGCUUUUGGAAAAGUUGGAGGCCAGGAGGCCAGAGGAAGUGAUAUGUGGCCUGAGGAGUAAGGAUAGCCCCAAUCAGAGUUACCACAGUGGGAAGAGAAAAGAGAUGAAGGCAAAACACAUUAGGAAGGAAGGACUGACAGGGUUUAGACACCUAAAGAAAAAUAAAGAGAAGAACCAAGUACUUAGCGAUCAGGACCCCAACUCCAAAAAAGAAUGAAGAAGGUACAGGCCAAAGGACAGCUCUGCUUCCUAUCCCCAGCUUCAGGCCUGGGAGGACCUGACCCAGUUAGAGCCAUGGUCCCACCAGACUAUCUCUAGAAGCAAGAAGUGGGUGGUCUGAGGCUUCUUACUUGCCC